AUGUGGUGCAAUAAUCCGGGUGUCAUCACCAUCAUCAUCAUUACCAUCUUUCUGGCGCAGAUUUUCCCUCCCGUCCAGGGGAUUGUGAAUCCUGCGAACGAGACGGCCAACACGGUGAUCUUCAUGCUGCCCGAAAAGGACCUGGGACCCGAAGUGUGGAAGGCCGGAGUGAGCUGCCUGGAUAGCUUCUCCCAAAUCUUCUUCUACCGCAAGCCGUCGGAGCGCUUCACCAGAGCCUACAACUUGAUGCUGGUGAACGCCUUCAAUCUGUCCAGUCCCGCGGACCAGAUCCUGCAGGGAUUCAGCAAGCUCAUCAACGAGGCAGCCACGAAUCCGGGGCCGCCGCACAGGGAGGAGCUCUUCCAGAUGCGCGUGGCCACCGAUUUCAACAUAGCGCAUGCGAACCACGAUAAGGAUAGGGGGGAGCUGAUCCUGGCGGACAACUAUGUGAUAGUGGUGGACUCGGUGAGUCGAUUGAGAGACCUGAUGAAGAACAAAAUUGUUACGAUGCGAUCCUGGAAUCCAGGAGCACGCUUUCUGGUGCUCUUCCACAAUGCCACUCUGCGGAAUCGUGCUCUUGGCGUAGCCACCGAUAUCUUCAAGGACCUAAUGCACCUGUUCUACGUGCACCGAGUGGCGCUGCUCUACGCCAACUCCUCCAUGAACUACAAUCUGCUGGUCAACGACUACUACAGCAACGUGAACUGCCGGAUUCUGAAUGUGCAGAGUGUGGGCCAGUGCCACGAUGGCGAACUUUACCCCAACAUAGCUGUGGUCAAGGCCUCCAUGGUGGACUACGUCUCGGGAUUCAGUCCCCGGAACUGCACCUUCUUCGUCUGCUCCUCCAUCUCCGCUCCCUUCGUGGAGGCCGACUGCAUCCUGGGACUCGAGAUGAGGAUCCUGGGAUUCAUGAAGAAUCGCCUAAACUUCGAUGUAAACCAAACCUGCAGCCUGGAGUCACGUGGCGAAAUGGAGGGUCCUAGCAACUGGACUGGCUUGCUGGGGAAGGUGCAGAACAACGAGUGCGACUUUGUGUUCGGCGGCUAUUAUCCGGACAACGAGGUGGCCGACCACUUCUGGGGAUCCGAUACCUAUCUGCAGGAUGCGCACACCUGGUACAUCAAGCUGGCGGACAAACGACCCGCCUGGCAGGCGAUGGUGGGCAUCUUCGAAGCAUACACCUGGCUGGGCUUCAUCCUGAUCCUCGUCAUAAGCUGGCUGUUCUGGUUCACCCUGGUCGAGAUUCUGCCGGAGCCAAAGUACUACCAACAGUUGAGUCUGACGGCCAUCAAUGCGCUGGCCGUAUCCAUAUCGAUAGCCGUCCAGGAGCGACCCAUUUGCGAGGCCACGAGGGUGUUCUUCAUGGGCCUCACGCUGUACGGCCUGAACGUGGUGGCCACGUACACGUCCAAGAUGAUAGCCACCUUCCAGGAUCCCGGCCACCUGCACCAGCUGGACGAGCUGUCGGAGGUGCUGGAGGAGGGCAUUCCCUUUGGCGGCCAUGAGGAGAGCCGCGACUGGUUCGAAAACGACGACGACAUGUGGAUCUUCAACAGGUACAACACCUCGCCGGAGUUCAUACCGCAGACGGAGAACCUGGAGGCGGUGAAGUGGGGCCAGCGCUGCAUCCUCAGCAACCGGAUGUACACGAUGCAGUCCCCGCUGGCGGACGUCAUCUACGCCUUUCCCUACAACGUCUUCAGCAGUCCGCUGCAGAUGAUCAUGAAGGCGGGCUUCCCCUUCCUCUUCGAGAUGAACAGCAUCAUCCGCCUCAUGCGCGACGUGGGCAUCUUCCAGAAGAUCGACGCGGACUUCAGGUACAACAACACGUACCUGAACAGGAUCAACAAGAUGCGCCCCCAGGCCACGGACACGGCCAUCGUCCUGACCACGGAGCACCUGAAGGGACCCUUCUUCAUCCUGGUGGUGGGCAGCUGCUGCGCCGCCCUCACCUUCCUCGGCGAGCUGCUGAUCCGCAGCUGGCGGUACCAGCUGGUCAGCAGGAGCAGCGAGCAGCAGGACAGGAGUAGGAGUAGGGCCGGGAGGAGGAGGAGGAGGAGGCAGCGCAGAGGAGGGAAACCAGCAAAGGACAACCGCUGGCAGCGCCAAGUUCAAGUGGCUCCAGUCGUUCGAUUUACGCCAGUCAAACGACGCAAAGUUUUCCAGGGACAAACAAGUCAAAAGUAAA